AAUAAGCGCCUGUUACGAAUUUCCUCCAUCUGCUCGGAAAUCUCUUGUCGAGGAUGUCUGAAGAUGACCGUGCUGCUAAAGCUGCUCGUGCAAAGGCUAUGCUCAAGAAACGUCAGGCGAAGAAGGCUGGCACCCCUUCGUCGUCCACUCCUGAUGUGACUUCACCAGUAAGCGAGCGUGCAUUCUCCCCAGCACCAACAGAGCCUGCGACGGUGGUGUCUGUCGAGGACGAGAAGCGAGAUCUCAGUGACGUCUUUGUUAGAGACAAUACCGCAGACGCUUCCUGGCUAUAUACAUUGCCACGAGCAGGGACUCCACCGCCAGCGCCUCCACCGACGGCCGUUCUCUUCUCAGAGACCGCCACUUCCCCGAAUUUGGACGGUUUAGCUCGCGCAAAUGGGUAUCAGUCACAGGAGGAUGUCACUUGGCUCAAGAAAUCAAAUGAGAUGUUGAAUUCACAGAUAGAACAGUUGAUUUCAGAGAAAGCUGAAUUGCGAAAGACUGCAGACUCUUCAAAAUCCGAAAACGAGACUCUCAAAGCAGAGUUGGCGCGAUCAGGAGCUGUAAAUUCUGGCGUUCAAUCUGAGAUUCAAAUGUUGAAAGCAGAGUUGGAAAGUGUGAAGAAUGCAAAAUCUGACUGGGCCAAUCGUGAAUCUUCACUGAAGACCGAAAUAGAAUCAUUACGAGCUACUCUGGCACAAACUGAAGCUUCAAAAUCCAAUCUUCAGCGGACAGAGGGAAAUCUUCGGACGGAAAGUAAGAAUAUGAAGAGCUCCUUGACCGAGCUUGAGGCUGCAAAAGCCAGACUGUUACAGUCUGAGGCAGCUCUGAAAAAGGACAAUGAACAGUUGAAAAGUGAUCUGACUGGAAAACUGGACGCUGCUACCUCCGCUUGAGGCAGCUUUGAAGAAACAACGUGGAUACUCUACUGAACUCGAGCAGCAGGUGCAGAAAACCCAGGUCGAAAUGGAAAUGUCACUCCGAAAUGAGCAACAAACGAUAUCAUUACUUGUAUCGGAAAAAGCUGCCUUGAC